UAUAAUGGCGUCAGCACGUGUUUCGGCGGGCUCCGAGCGACUUGACGAGACGACACUUUCUUACUUCAAGCGAGUCGAAAGUGUGUUUUCAAAACAGUCGUUUGAAAACGAAGAUGACAGAAAAACCUUUCUAGACAACGUCAUACGUCAAAUGGAGGGAAUCGAGACGCGAAUCGCUUGUAAUCAGCAGCUCAGUCACGUAUUAGAGACAAUUAUUGAUUCUACGAGUCCAGAUGACGUUUAUCAGUUGCAUCUAAUGUUACUUACCAAUUGGCAAGAACUCGUUUGCCAUAAAUCCGGAUGUCACGUGAUUGAGAGCUGCAUAGCACGCGUUCCGGAGUUGAUGACGUCAGAAGGUGGAGCUGAGAUCAAGCGUGUGUUUUGUGAUAUGUGUAGGAGCAUACUGUGUGACCUGACUAGAAUGCUAAAUGAUACGUACGGCAGUCAUGUUUUGAGAAAAAUAAUCGAGACACUAGCGGGAUACAGAGUCAACUCAAAACCGUUAAAUAAACAAGAUUGGCAGUCGAACAAAAGGUUGGUGCGUUUGGAGGGAACGAGACCAAAACGUUUCUCUAAAUUACUUCGGAAAUACGGCAAACACGUAGUCAAUCGUGACGAUUUCAUUGUUCUCCCGACUCAUCCGUCUGCCAGUCCGGUUAUUCAAACUUUACUUGAGCUUUUGGUUUUUACAGAACCAGAAACCGGUCGAUUUCUUUGUCAGGCUGUUUUGCAAGCUAUUGGCGUUGAGUCGUCGGAGCCAGUAGAAUGUGAUCUGAUGUUUCAUCCGAUUGGCAGCCAUUUGAUCGAAGUGCUUCUCUUGGUUUUGUGUGAUGACGACUUUCAGUUGCUUUACUCUGCUGCGUUUCGUGGGAAACUUGCUAGUAUUUCCAACCAUCCGAUUGCAAACCACACGGUACAAUCUCUGAUCGAACACGCGAGAAAUACGGCACAACUUGGAAUGAUAGCUGAUGAGCUGUUGCCUUGUUUUGAGACUGUGUUGAUGGCUGGUCAUGUUGGUGUGCUUGUGAGGUUAGUAGAAGCGCUGGGAAAGAUGAAACUACGACAGAAAGAAUGUUUGAAGUCUCUUCUUUCUGCGUUUCAUGUGCUUGACAAUGCAGUUCUGUGUGUCUAUUUGUUCAUGACGUUACAGACUCUUGAAUCGAUUUUGCCUCACAUUGAGUCAACUUCUAGUGAAGAGAAAGCUGGAUAUUUGAAGCAUCACAUUCAUGUUUCUGGCUCAUUGUUAGUGCAAGCAUUAGUUCAGUUUGAAGACACCAAGACACUCGUGUCGAGCUUCCUCACUUUGUCAACAGCAGAAAUGAUCGUUUUGUGUUGCCAUCCAUCAGGCAGCAGAGCCGUAGAGUCGUUUAUGAAAAGCAAGACUGUGCAGCCGAAGAAGAAGAACAAACUUGUUGCCAAUCUUCAAGGACACAUGAGCACACUUGCUUGUGAUAAAUGGGGAAGCCAUGUGAUCGAUGCAUGUUGGACUAACACGGAAAUAUCAACGAAAAAACAGAUAACCAACGAACUAGUAGCCAAUGAGAGUCAACUAAGGGGCAGUUUUAGUGGAAAAAUUGUGUGGAGAAACUGCCGUUUGGACUAUGCAAAGGAAAAGGGUCUUCGCUGGCAGCAGAAAGUUGCGGCCGAUGACAGAAAAAGAAAAAUGUUUGAUGAUUUUGUAAAUGAUGGCAGUAAGAAGGGACCACAAACAAAACAGGCGACAGAUGCUUCAUCCAUCGUCAACAGUAAAUACAAGAAAGAGAUGAAGCAGCUGGGAUUUAUGGAUGACUUGAUAUCAACAAAUGCAGAAUUGGAGGAAAGAUCUAGUACUGAGGUCGACAAUCCAGGCAUUGAUGAUAUUUUGAAUCCUAUCUUUAAACAGUCUCGUAAACGUAAACGAAAUCAAUUAGACAAGAAAGAGUCACGUGACACUGCGACAUCGACUGCAGACAGACACAGUAAAGGCAUGCAGUUCAUCGUAGAUGCAAUUACUGCCACGAAACGAAAGAAACAGGAUGCCACUACUACAAAAACAAAACGAAAAGACAGACGGCAGUUUGUACGGUGA